AUGCCGAGCCUCCCGGCCCCGCCGGCCCCGCUGCUGCUCCUCGGGCUGCUGUUGCUCGGCCCCCGGCCGGCCCGCGGCGCCGGCCCCGAGCCCCCCGCACUGCCCAUCCGGCCCGAGAAAGAGCCGCUGCCCAUUCGGGGAGCGGCAGGCUGCUCCUUCGGCGGGAAGGUCUAUGCUUUGGACGAGACGUGGCACCCGGACCUGGGGGAGCCCUUCGGGGUGAUGCGCUGUGUGCUGUGCGCCUGCGAGACGCCUCAGUGGGGUCGCCGCGCGAGGGGCCCGGGCAAGGUCAGCUGCAAAAACAUUAAACCCGAGUGCCCAACCCUGUCCUGCGGACAGCCGCGCCAGCUGCCCGGCCACUGCUGCCAGACCUGCCCCCAGGAGCGUAGCGGUCCGGAGAGGCAGCCCACGAGCCUGGCCUUCGAGUAUCCGCGGGAUCCAGAGCAUCGCAGCUACAGCGACCGCGCAGAGCCGGGAGCUGAGGAUCGGACGCGUGGAGAUGGCCACACAGACUUUGUGGCACUGCUGACAGGGCCGAGGUCGCAGGCCGUGGCCCGGGCCCGAGUGAUACUGUUGCGCUCCAGCCUUCGUUUCUCCAUCUCCUACCGGCUGCUGGACCGUCCAACCCGAAUCCGCUUCUCAGACUCCACCGGCAAUGUCCUGUUUGAACACCCUGCAGCCCCUACCCAAGAUGGCUUGGUGUGUGGGGUGUGGCGAGCAGUGCCUCGGUUGUCUCUGCGGCUCCUUCGGGCAGAACAGCUACAUGUGGCACUGGUGACACCCACUCAUCCGUCAGGGGAGGUCUGGGGGCCUCUCAUCCGGCACCGGGCUCUGGCUGCAGAGACCUUCAGUGCCAUCCUGACCCUGGAAGGUACCUCACAGCAGGGCAUAGGGGGCAUCACCCUGCUCACUCUCAGUGACACAGAGGACUCCUUGCAUUUUUUGCUGCUCUUCCGUGGGCUGCUGGAAUCCAGGAGUGGGGGACCACCCCAGGUUUCUUUGAGGCUCCAGAUUCUACACCAGGGGCAGCUAUUGCGAGAGCUCCAGGCCAAUGCCUCAGCCCAAGAGCCAGGCUUUGCUGAGGUGCUGCCCAACCUGACAGCCCAGGAGAUGGACUGGCUGGUGCUAGGGGAGCUACAGAUAGCCCUGGAGAAGGCAGGUGGCCCAGGGCUGCGUAUCAGUGGACACAUUGCUGCCAGGCAGAGCUGUGAUGUCCUGCAAAGUGUCCUUUGCGGGGCUGAUGCCCUGAUCCCAGUUCAGACAGGCGCCGCUGGCUCAGCCAGCCUUACACUGCUGGGAAACGGCUCCCUAAUCUACCAGGUGCAAGUGGUAGGUACAGGCAGCGAGGUGGUGGCCAUGACGUUGGAGACCAAACCUCAGCGGAGGGACCAGCGCACUGUCCUGUGCCACAUGGCUGGACUCCAGCAAGGAGGUCACACAGCCGUGGGUGUCUGCCCUGGGCUGGGUGCCCGAGGGGCUCAUAUGUUGCUGCAGAAUGAGCUGUUCCUGAACGUGGCCACCAAAGAUUUCCCAGAUGGAGAGCUGCGGGGACAUGUGGCUGCCCUGCCCUACAGUGGGCACAGUGCCCGACAUGAUACACUGCCUGUGCCCCUGGCAGGAGCCCUGGUAUUGCCUCCUGUGCAGAGUCAGGCAGCAGGGCAUGCCUGGCUCUCCCUGGAUACCCAUUGUCACCUGCACUAUGAAGUGCUACUGGCUGGACUUGGUGGCUCAGAACAGGGCACCGUUACUGCCCACCUCCUCGGUCCCCCUGGGAAGCCAGGGCCCCGGCGGCUGCUGAAGGGAUUCUAUGGCCCAGAGGCCCAGGGUGUGGUGAAGGACCUGGAGCCUGAGCUACUUAGGCAUCUGGCACAGGGCACUGCCUCCCUGCUGAUCACCACCAAGGGGAGCCCCCAAGGGGAGCUUCGAGGGCAGGUGCACAUCACCAACCAGUGCGAGGUGGGUGGCCUUCGCCUGGUGGAGGCAGGGGCUGAGGGGGCGCGAAAGCCUGGGGCUCCUGAUUCACUGCCCCUGUUGCCCCCUGUGCUGGGCCCUGAUGCCCCAGUGCCAGUCAAACCCAGCAGCCCCUGGAGAGCCAGAGACUCCAAUACUUGCUUCUUCGAGGGGCAGCAGCGCCCCCAUGGGGCUCGCUGGGCACCGAACUACGACCCACUCUGCUCACUCUGCACCUGCCAGAGACGCACAGUGAUUUGUGACCCUGUGGUGUGCCCGCUGCUCAGUUGCCCAAGCCCAGUGCAGGUGCCUGACCAGUGCUGCCCUGUGUGCCCUGAGAAACAAGAUGUCAGAGACCUGCCAGGGCUGCCGAGGAGCAGAGACCCUGGAGAGGGCUGCUAUUUUGAUGGUGACCGGAGCUGGCGGGCAGCGGGUACCCGGUGGCACCCCGUUGUGCCCCCUUUUGGCUUAAUUAAGUGUGCUGUCUGCACCUGCAAGGGGGACACUGGAGAAGUGCACUGUGAGAAGGUGCAGUGUCCCCGGCUGGCCUGUGCCCAGCCUGUCCGCGCCAACCCCACUGACUGCUGCAAACAGUGUCCAGUGGGGUCAGGGGCCCACCCUCAACUAGGGGACCCCAUGCAGGCCGAUGGGCCCCGGGGCUGCCGUUUUGCAGGGCAGUGGUUUCCGGAAAGCCAGAGCUGGCACCCCUCAGUGCCCCCCUUUGGGGAGAUGAGCUGCAUCACCUGCCGAUGUGGGGCAGGGGUGCCCCACUGUGAGCGAGAUGACUGUUCGCUGCCACUGUCUUGCGGCCCAGGGAAGGAAAGUCGCUGCUGCUCCCACUGCUCACCCCGCCGGUCAGCCCCAGAGACCAGGGCAGUUCCAGAGCUGGAGAAAGAAGCGGAGGGCUCCUAG